UUACAUUGCACCUGUGCGUAGCCAGAGCGGGUCGCUAGUAUAUAAUAUUUCUUUAUCCAAAAUAUUGGCAUUGAUGAGUAUCAUAGCAACAGCUAUAUCAUUAAUUUUUUUAAGUCAUAAAAAUUAUUGUUUGCGUAGACACAUUCAAAUAUUUUUUAUUCGAACUGACAUAGAUCUGUGUCUUUGAUAGUUGUUUAGAAUUUUCUUUUUUAUACUUUUAUUUAUUUAUCUUAUCUUUAAAAACUUUCCAAAUAUUUAAAUAAUAUUGAAAAUUACACUUUAAAUUAUAAAUAUGUACUUACUGUAAUAAUUUGAGGGAUUUUUUUCCCAAAAUAAAAUUAAUUUAUAAUAUUGAAUAAUUUAACCUUAAUUUUAAAUUACAUGCAAAUAAAACCAAAUUCAAUUAUGAAAGAACCAAAUAAAGAAUGGUUUAUCAAUGCACCAUGGGGUAAAAUAGCAAUGAUAUCCUGGGGUAAUCCCGAUGGUGAGCCAGUGUUGCUGGUACACGGCCGUUCAGACAGUGUAGCCACAUUCAUCCCACUGUUGGAGUUACUGCCAGAUAAUUACCACUAUGUGGGUGCAGAUUUGCCUGGAAAUGGAAAGUCGGAUCCGUUCCCUGUCGGUGUCACACUGUGUCGUAUCCACUUCUUGGGUGCCCUGGAGGUUAUCGUCAACCACCUCAAGUGGGAUCAGUUCACUUAUAUCGGACACUCCAACGGCUGUGACCAGGGCCUAUUCUACAACGUCAUCUACCCUGGCCGCGUUAAAAAGUUCAUUCUACUCGAUGGCUCAAUGGCCAUGCAGCGUCUACAGAUCCACAAUAUGUCGGAAUAUUUCGACGCCUUCUACGCGGAAUAUUAUGAUAAUUAUAAAAAAUAUAACGUGGACGACAGAGUUUACACGAAAAAGAGGGCCAUCGACGCUGUCAUAAGGGCCAGGGGACUGGACGUGGAGAAAGCGGAGAUAGCGCUGUCCAGAAGCUUGAAGUGUAUCAGCGAUGAUCAAUACAAACUCUCGUGGGACCGUCGCCUCCGAUUCCCUGCCCCCCAAAAUUACUCCCCCGACUAUUAUUACCAAUUGUUCUCAAGAAAUUCACCCCCCACUCUGCACAUACAGUGUACAUUAAGUCAGGGCUACUUACCAGGGAAGGCGCACGUCGAAAAACUACUCUCAGACCUAUCAAAGAACAUGCAACAUUUUGUAUUGGUAACAGUCGAAGGUGACCACGAUGUCCACUUGACGAAUCCGGACAGAAUAAUUGGAUACAUUAAAGAUUUUUUGAAUCGUGAUUUUAAAAAAGAGAAGUGUAAAUUAUAGUUGAUGUUUUGGUUAUUUCAUUAGCAUUAUUUUGUUUAAUUCCGCUAUCGUUAGUAUGCGUGCGACUGGCAACACUCGAAGAUUGACCACCAUUAUUACUAGCAGAAGUUCCAGAACCUUCCAUAUUAGACAUCAAUCUCCGACUGUUAUUUUGUUUAGUCCUCUAAAAUACCUUCACAGUUUGGUAUUUUGAUAGUUUAAAAAUCUUGGUAUAAUUUCGCUUCAUCUCGGUACGCUAUCUAGAAGUGGUCUUGUUUUCUUCUGUAAUCCACGCGAGCGAAGUAGCGGGCAUAAAGCUAGUUUAUAAUAUUAGUUGUGGUUCAAAUGAGUUUUUGAUGUAUUAAUAAUGGUGUGUUAACCCUGUCAGCGCUAUCGGUAUUCGCUGGUGGGGCACCAGUGAAGGGUGGGAGGGAUUAAGGGCUUUGGAUAUAUCAAUAAAUUAUUUCUGUAUAUAAAAUGUGAUUAUGGUGCAAUACUCGGUAUUAUUGUAUAUAUAUAUAUAUAUAUAUAUAUAUAUAUAUGUAUAUAUAUAUAUAUACAUAUAUAUAUAUAUAUAUAUAUAUAUAUAUAUAUAUAUAUAUAUAUAUAUAUAUAUAUAUAUUCUAUACUUGACAUAGACAAUAUUUUUACUUCGUCUUUUAAUUACUAGAAAUAGAACAGAAAAGUCUAGUAUAUAGUAGUAAUAAAAAAAAAAAUUUAGCGACCUACCCGGCUUCGAGCGAUUUGUAUACACAAUACCUUUUGAAGAAAGUAUAUAGAAAUAUGAUUGAAACCCGCAUCAAGUACAAUUAAAUUUCGCAGUUUUAAAAUAAAAAAAAAAGCAUUUAGUCCGCCUUUUGUACCUUUUGUAAUAUGGUCAAUAAAGAAUAAAUAAAAAAGUCACCUUCGAAACAGCAACUUUUAAAAAGAAAAAGUGUUUUUUUUUAUAUUUGUAAAAAAAUAUAGAAGCAUUUUUAAUAAAUGCACAAUAUAAAUGACAACUUAUUUAUACCAUAAAUGCGAAAGUUUGUAACUUUGGAUGGAUGUAUGUUUGUUACUCUUUCAUGCAAAAACUACUGAACGGAUUUGAAUGAAAUUUGGUACACAGAUAGAUUAUAUCCUAACUUAGCAUACAGGAUACUUUAUGUACUAAAUCACGCGGGCGGAGCCGCGGGAUACGAUCGGUAAAUAAUUUGUCAUUCGUUUUUUUAUGUACCUACUGCUAUUUCAGAAAUAAAAUAUGCCGAGAUGUGUUAAAUAUAGAAAAACAUUAUAACAUUUGAUUAUUUACUUGUUAUUGUUAUUAUUUAAAUAAAUUAUAUAAUAUACUAUUAUGA